UGGCGAGAGGCGAGCAUGGAGUAUUUCAUGGUACCAGCUCAGAAGGUGCCCUCCUUGCAACAUUUCAGGAAAACGGAGAAAGAAGUGAUUGGAGGUCUUUGUAGUCUGGCCAACAUUCCUCUUACCCCAGAAACGGCCCGGGACCAAGAGAGGCGAAUUCGCAGAGAGAUCGCCAACAGCAACGAGCGUCGGCGUAUGCAGAGCAUCAAUGCUGGAUUCCAGUCACUUAAAACACUCAUCCCACACAGCGAUGGAGAGAAGCUCAGCAAGGCUGCCAUCCUACAACAGACGGCAGACUACAUCUUUACUUUGGAGCAGGAUAAGACGCGGCUGUUGCAGCAGAACAGUCAGCUCAAACGAAUCAUACAAGAGUUAAGUGGUUCCUCCCCGAAGAGGAGGCGUGCAGAGGAGAAGGAUGAAGGGAUUGGCUCGCCCGACAUCCUGGAGGAGGAGAAGACUGAGGACUUGAGGAGGGAGAUGAUCGAGCUGAGGCAGCAGCUGGAGAAAGAGCGGUCAGUCAGGAUGAUGCUGGAGGAUCAGAUGCGUUCCCUGGAUGCGCAGUUGUACCCAGAGAAACUGAAGGCGAUCGCCCAGCAGGUCCAGGAGCAGCAGGCCCAAACACAGAGCCUUGUUCGUCUGCAGCAGCACAAGCAGCUGGAGAGGGACCUUACUCCAGCCAACAGCCCACAGGUGUUGGCCCCGGCUACCCCUCCUGCACCCACACACCAUGCCACGGUCAUCGUCCCUGCACCUGUCCAACCUCCUCAACCCCAUCAUGUCACCGUGGUAACCAUGGGCCCGGCAUCAGUUAUCAAUACAGUGUCCACAUCUCGACAGAACCUGGACACCAUUGUUCAAGCAAUCCAGCACAUCGAGGGCACCCAGGGGAAGGGUUGUGUCGGCGAGGAAGAGCAGCGAAGGGCAGUCAUUGUCACUUCAGGUCGCGUCCUCUCCGACGCAGCGGGCUCAGACACCGCCUCAAACAGCGACGGGCCUGACGACUGUUCACUGCCCUGAGUUCAUCCCGGAUGUCUCGCACUCCAAACACUUACACCCAUACACAGAAAAGGUCCAAGCAGACCAGGGCUAUAGGAGGCUUCAAACCCACAGCACUCUUGUUCAGUGGACAUUAAUAGCGCUGGUAGACAGAUUGAAGCACUCACCUUUUUUUUUUUUUCCCCUUCUUUUUUUCAUUUUUAAUACACACUCUUACAUGUUGUACCGUGAUAGGCAGCUCAAAUAGGUUUACACUUAGACACUCAUACAUUCAGUCUCUUCUGUGUCUUUUCUCUGCUUAUCUCUAGCCCCCUGCUAUCUCACUCACAUACAAACUCAUGUCUGUUCAUUAAUCCGUAGGAAGGUUGUUAGAGCAACUAUUUCACUGAUUGAUCUAUAUGUGCUCCGUCAUACGGGAUACUAGAAUUUCGUAUGUCUGCUAAACGUCUCCAUUAACCACCCGGACUGUUCUCUUUAUUCGGCCCUAAGCCAUGUGACUGAUCUGUGAAUCAGGAGACAAAGUCAAUGAAGAGCCCAGCAGUGUGGCAUCAUCACCACCCAACAACACAGCAUUUUUGUUAAGAUGAACAUCCUUUAAACCUUCUCAUCCUGACCCAUCUGAGCUGUUUGGAGAGACACUGUGAGCUUAUAAUACAGUCUCAAAGUUACUCCUUUUAGGCUUCUGGAUGAAAGAUUGUUAUUUUACUCUUGUGAAGUCUGCUUUUUCAUGUGUUGUUUCUCUAAGGCUCCUACAGCCAGCAAGUUAAAUUGAUUGUACUGGAAGAACACACACACACACACAGAAAAGCACCAGGUUGACAGGAAUUUAAAAGCUGUUGUCUUGGCUGACUGGUGCUCACAGGAAAUGAAACGAAACUUGGGAGGAGAGAGUGCACUUACUGGUUCACAACUCUGUUCUUUCUUUUGUUUGUUUGUAACCAUUUUUACUGGGCUGGGUUCCCAGUAAUCCCGCAUAUGUAUUUGGCAUGUUUUUCUUUUUACUCAU